UAACAGUUACUGCACACUCUUGAUUGUUUAUUUAUCUUCGUUGGGAGUCAAACUCAACAAAGCUUCUUGGUACAAUCUUUAGGUCUAAUGUGAUGAAGAUACAUGUACUAUUAGAGCUGAGCAAAGCAAGUGUUUUCCUCAUUCAAAAGGCAUAUCACUAGCCUCCAUAGAUUCCUUUUUGGUGCAGAAGAUAUAGAUUUCCAAAGAGAACUGGAACCUCCAAGGUGCUGUCAAAAGUUAGUUUAUAAUCUUUUGCAUGCCGUGCUCGAACACACAAACAGAGGAAUGUGUUUUCCUUAUGGCACCGAACAAAAUUUCCUCGUUGAGUUUUAGGUCGUUGUUAAUCUUGGAUUCUAUUCUACUUUUAUUAUUCAGAUAUCUGGCUUUUGUAAAGGUUAUUCCCAAGUAAGCAUAAUGGUGAUUGCCAGAGACCUCUUGAUGGAUUGGGACCCAAAGCUGGGCCGUUUCCACAGCAUCUGGGCAACUCAGGCUGCUACUAGAUGGGCCUACAAGUAUGGAGUUUUACCGGAGCAUAUGGACCCAACACAACUCUUUCAUCCCUAUGGCAAGUCGGGUAUGUGUACCCUUUGAAGCUUAAAAUAGUAUCUAGCUAAUGAAGCCGCUAAGGUUUGACGCCACAUGCAUCUGAUAAUCCCCAUUUGCAGGAAGAAAGGAAGAAUCUUCAGAAGUGGAUUAUGUCUGGAUUUUGGCCCGAACUAUUAGAAGAAACCGGGGCAUAUCCCCACCAUAUAAACUAUACACCAGUUCUAACCAACCCAAUUGAGUGAGUGAUCCUUUCUUCUACUCAUCUGUUAAUGUCUUCUUCUACUGUUCUCUUCAACAGUUUACUCGCUGUAUAGAGGCUACAGUAGGAGCCGCAAUACUACAUGAUCUUUUCCUAACUACUUUCCAGUCCGCUUUUUGAGCGCAUACAAUGGCAACCUUAUCAUGCAGGAACCAUUUGGCCGAUACUCCACAUGGAGUUUCCGCAACAUGAACCAUUCUUCCCCAUAGAACCGGAUAAUACUAUGCUUUGGACAGCAGAUAAUCCUGCUGUCUGGUGACGCUUAGGCCCAGUCUUAAGACUGUGCACAAGAUUUUUAAACCAUUCUUCAGCCACAUGCUGGGUAUGGGUUCUUUCCAAAGAUAGAAUAUUUGGGCACUUAUGAUUGACUCUGUAGCUUGAUGCUUUCUAUUUUGUACUUUGUACAGACGUCCCUGAUCGCCUCGAUCGUCGUCCCGUUUGGCAGAAACUCGAACAGGGGCCCUUGAAAUUUUUCAUGAAAGAGAUCCGUAGCUUCGUGACAAUGCACAAACGGGAAAAAAGACCGAGGAAAUGAAAGGUAUAAUGAGAAGCAGAGUACAAUUUGGCAUCAGUUCUUCAGCUCUUACACCCUGGGAUAGGAUAACGCCAAAUGGACCUGGUCUGGGAUGGGAAGGCUACACAAUGGUCACCACCAAGCGGGAGAACAAGAAUUUCGAAUUUUACAGAGAGACUAAAGCCUGGAUUGAAAUAGCCUUACAACUGCUUUUACCUUUGUUCAGGCAUAAUCUAUCACCGAUAGACAAAUUGUCAUUACAAUUUUAUAUUGCCUCAACGCUUUUGCAUGAGUUUGCAGUAAGGAUCGUAACUUUCAUUUAUUUUCAACACUGCCGCUAACAGUAAUCAAGCACGCGCUCAAUCAAUUCCAAGAUCCUCCAAUGGGACGAAGCAUUGUACGCAAUGAGCCUGCAUACGGUGGCGAUGAGAACGGUAAAGGGGCGGAGGUAUUUUGCGAGCUAGGCUAUUCAUUUGUCAAGGGAGUAUGCUGAGAAUUCAACAUGUAUGGAACAGGAAUUGACCUCUUUUAUAGCUUCUAGGUGUUAUGCCAAAAAUACUGAAUCCCGUACACUGUGUUGGUGCUCCACCAAUAGCUCUAUUGCUUAGUAAAGAGAUUCCGGCACGCAAAUAUGACAAUGGGAUUUUCUUGCAUGAUGCUGGAGAGGAUUUCGCACAAUUUGAGGAAACGAACAAGGUAGUACCAGUCUUGUCGAAUUAUUUCGAGUACAUAGACACUGAUGAGUUUUGGGAUAAAAUAACUCCAAACUUUGGGGUAUCUAUAAUAGGGCCAGUACUAGCCUCAAUCGUAGUCGUUGAACCAGAUGCCUCACGUCCGGAGUUGUCCAGCUAUGUCUUCAAUGACUCUAAAAGGCGGUGGAUGUAUGAAGCGGAAGCUGUUGUGUCGGAUAUUGAGUUACUUUCAUCAUUGAGUCCCAAUCAGCGAAGAGCUUAUGGCAUUGCACUAGAAAAAAAAGAUCACGAGUUCACCAAGUUGAGAAGAGUGAGGUAGGUACCUCGACUUGCAGGAAGAAACAAAACAACGUGUCAUGCAGUGCAAUGAUGCUCUUGAACUAUAUUUUAUACGAAGUCCAGGAGAUCUAUAGGAUUCCGAAAUACAUCGAAUUCUUCGCUCCUGCGCGGAGAAUUUACGGCGCGAAGCUGACCAGGAAACACAAUUUGCCAUUGACUUCAUGGUCGAUGCAGAUUUGGACAGACCAAGCAGUUUGGAAUUCAGCAACACUCUAUUGGAAACGAAUCAGCAAGCAAUACGGAUGGCCAGAAUGGUACGGGAAGACUGUGAUCGAGUCGGAGUAGCUACCCUAGGGCAGGAUUAUUAUAAUCUACGCCUGCACUUUGAUCAAAUCUUGUUCACAUUACGAUCUAUCUAUUUCAUUCUCACCCAACGAAUAAAACCAGGUAAAGGCGAACCGUACGAAAAACUCAUUGAUAGGGUCGGCAAGGCUAUGAAUCUUGACGAACAUGAAUGUGAGAGGUCGAGUGAUGCAGCGAAUCGAGUAUCACAUGCAGCUAGCAACCUCAUAAUAAGCAACCGGGCCAUGCAGGCAUACCAGGCACAAGACUAUGAGCUAUGUUAUAAGCUUGGAAAAGAAAUGCUAUCCCAGUUCGACUUGGAAGGAUAUAACCAAGGAAUAGGGAUGGUUCUAAUAGCUAUGUAUCCUGGAGAAAUCAGACGCAGGUGGUGUUCUCGGCAAGGACUGCAUGUUUUGAAGGUCAUGGCUGAUCAAACUCGACAUCUUUACUAGAACAAUGGUUAUAGAUUGCAAUGCAAGUUAAUACUUUUAUUGAGGACUCGGCUGUUAACAGCGGCGUUGGGAAUUAAUUAUGCAUUUUGGGAA